AUGAAACCUGUAGCGCUUGUGGCCAUAUCGUUUUACGUAGCUACCGCGUCGCCUGCAACUCUCGGUAAAGUUGGUAGCCCCGGUAGUUCCCCUGCAUCAACCAAAGUUGCUAGCGGCAGUUCAGGCGGUGGUGGAAGUGGUGAAAGUGGCGAAGGAGGCGGAGGAAGGGUAGGAGGAGAAGGAGAAGAUUCUGACGGCAGCAAUAGAGCUUCACCAACGCACAGAGGUACAGCUUCAGGCGCAGCGAUCGUACAAGUCCCAACGGCCAGUGUCCAGGCCGUCCGGUCCGGCAAGUGGGUGCUGGUUAUCGCCGGCUUGCUGAUGGUCUUGUAG